AUGAAGAGUGGAGACUCAACCACAAUUGAAGUUGCCGAGCCAAGCAGCUCAUCAAAGGGAAAAUCAACCACAGUUUUGGUAGCAGCCCCAAAGGCCACAAAAAUGAAGAAAGGAUUGGCCAUAUUCGACUUCGUCCUAAGGCUUGGUGCCAUAAUUGCUGCUCUUGCGGCUGCAGCCACCAUGGGAACCAGUGAUGAAAGUCUUCCUUUCUUCACUCAGUUCUUCCAGUUCGAAGCUAGCUACGAUGACAUGCCAACCUUUCAGUUUUUCCUCAUAGCCAUGGCACUAGUGAGUGGAUACCUCGUCCUCUCUCUUCCAAUCUCCAUAGUCACCAUUGUUCGUCCCCAUGCAUCUGGACUCAAGCUCCUUCUUAUCAUUAUGGACACUGUGGCACUUACACUGGCCACUUCUGCCGCAGCUGCCGCCGCUGCCAUAGUUUACUUGGCUCACAAUGGAAAUGCUAGCUCGAACUGGCUGGCCAUAUGUAACCAGUUCACAGAUUUCUGCCAGAAUGUGAGUGGAGCUGUGGUGGCUGCCUUUGUCAGCGUUGCUGUCUUCAUAUUCUUGAUUCUGCUCUCUGCUUUGGCUAUCCGGAAGCAUUAA